AUGGAGUCGUGGAAGCGGUCGCGGCUGGGGGUGGCUACUUGUGCGGUCGCUGGUGUAUGCUUUACAUACUCUCAUGAGGUCCUCUACAACGGCGUCAACAACACGAAGAACGCGACGUCGGCGGCGGCCACCAAGCCCACGGCGCUGAGCACGACCCACUGGAAGAACGGCACCUACUUUGGCACGCUCGUGGUGUUCGACGACCCCAUGACGGUGGGGAAGGCGCUACCCGUGGCGGGGGAGGAGCCCGCGGCGCGCGCCCAGGGAUUCUACUUCUACGACAAGCAGGAGUCUUACACCUCCUGGUUUGGCUUCUCCAUCGUCUUCAACUCCACGGCGCACAAGGGCACCCUCAACCUCGUAGGCGCGGACCUCAUGGACGACAAGACCCGGGACCUCUCCGUCGUCGGCGGCACCGGCGACUUCUUCAUGGCGUGCGGCAUCGCCACGCUCUGGCUCGAUGCCUCCGAGGGAACCGUCUACUUCCGUCUGCAGAUGGACAUCAAGCUCUACGAGUGCUACGUCUGAC